GCAUGAAGAGGUGUACACAUGGACAAAUCCAAUGUGCUGUGUGCACAACGUCAUUUUGGGAAAACUCUGGAUUGAACAGUAUGGAACGGUGGAGAUCAUCAACCACAGCACCGGAGACAAGUGUGUUUUAAACUUCAAGUCUUGUGGGAUGUUUGGAAAAGACCUUCACAAAGUGGAAGGUUACAUCCAGGACAGCAGUAAGAAAAAGCGGAGUGUGAUCUAUGGAAAGUGGACCGAGUGCAUGUACAGUGUGGACCCUAAGCUAUACGAAACGUACAGGAAGUCAGAAAAGAAGCCCAGCAGCGACUCCAGGAAGCUGAAACAGGAGCGAAGCUGCGAAGGUGAGGAGGCUGACGACCUGCCAGACGUUCAGGAAACUGUGACUGUGAUACCAGGAAGUGCCUUAUUGUGGAGGGUCACGCCACGGCCGGCUCACUCAGCACAGAUUUAUAACUUUACCAGCUUCGCUGUGACACUAAACGAGCUGAAGCCCGACAUGGAGAGGCAGCUGGCGCCAACAGACUGCCGGCUGAGGCCCGACAUCAGAGCCAUGGAGAACGGAGACAUUGAUUUAGCGAGUGCAGAGAAAGAGAGGUUAGAAGAGAAGCAAAGAGCUGCACGCAGAGAACGCUCCAAAGAUGAAGAGGAGUGGACCACCAGGUGGUUUGAGCUGAGAACAAACCCUCACACGGGCACUGACGAUUGGCUGUACACAGGUGGAUACUUCGACAGGAACUACACCGACUGUCCUGACAUUUAUUGACCCCAGAGACGCCCGGUGUUUCUGACAGCGUUCACUUCGAUGCAGCAUCUCAGAUUCGUGGCGUUGUGACGCUCAGACCAUCUCUGGUUCUGGUUUUUGAAAAACUCUUCUCUGUUAAUCAGAUUAUCUGCAGCCGACUGUGAACAAACUCCUGGAGAAGAGACGUAACAUUUUUAGAGCUUACUGACCAUAGAUGUUGGCACCUCCGUUAUUAAACCUGAAGAUAUAUUCUCCUCACCCUUAGAGGGCGUCGUCUGUGGAAAGGAGCUGCCGCAGGACACUACAGGAAAUAAACAGCUGCUUUUAGUUCAGGUACUCAGAACUACACUUCUGUCCAGUUUCUUUCAGAUAUCAGGGAUUAUUUAAACACAUCUGCAACUUUUAUAGAAUUACAUGUCUUGUAUUCAGCACUAAAAUGUCACAAAGAGACUUGUGGUAGAAGAAGCUGCUUGUAAGCUUGUUUACGUCUCCAGUAAACAGAUGCUGUCUGUAACUACAGUCAUGUAUGUGCACGUUCACCAACAUGUUAAACUACUUGAGCUGAAGCCAUGAAGUCUGUGAAAACUCCAAGUGAAACAGACGUGAUGACUUCAGAGCCUCCGUUCUGUACUCUGAACGUGGACGGGGUUCAGGAGUGCACGAAUCACGUUUCAAUCCUUCUGUGUUGGACAAUAAAAAAAGGUUCUCAAGCUU